AUGAUCGAAGCAGAACCUUGCAUGUACAAUGCAAAUCUGCAUAACAACCUAAUACAAAUGGAUACAAAUACUGAGCUAAGCCCUACUGAUCAAUCCGUAUACGGAUUGGUUGUUUUUUUAGUCAUUUUCCUUCUAUUCGCAACUCUGACAUCCGGCCUUCUUGUAUGUUUAACCAAAAUAUGGUGCGGAUUCAAGUCACAAGCAUCACCAACUCAACUAACAGAAAAACAAAGACAAUCCAUAUUGCGUUCCCCAGCGUUUGGAGAUGAAGAGGACAGUGAAGAAGAAAGUGUCAGCGCUCAACACACUCUGAGUGGCAGACGGUUCUCUCAACGCAUCAUGAGCUAUGUUCAAAAAUCCCUCGGAGACAAAAAAGACAAAGAAAAAGAGACCGAGCCUGCACCUGUUCCUUUGCCAGAAAUUUAUGGAGCCGAAAAUGUUCCAACGAUAGAGAUAGGAAACGCUAGCGAUGGAACAAAUCACGACCCAUCAACGAUUGUUCACGUCUAA